AUGUUUGCUGUGCAUCUUUUGUGCAGACGAUCCGGUGCGUUACUAACUUCAAGAUUAACAUCGAAAUCAGUUCCUUUCAUUUCCAGAUAUGCUACUCCAUCCUUGAAGCUUCAUUCCAUUCCAAUUUCUAGACCCUCAGGUCAAACUAUUCAGCAGUCAGCUUCUUCCUUCUUUAAAGGAGCAAAUCAGAUUUUGCUCACAAAUGUGAAACCUGGCAAGAUCUUUGCCUUUUCCUUUGGAUCAGCUUGUGUACUGAGCAGGCUGUGUGUUCAAGCCCAUUGCAAAUCAAAACCUUCCAGAUUGGUGGGACUUGAAGAAAGAGAUGCUUUUGAACCAAAUUUUGAUUGGAAAGGUUUUUUUUGGAUGGUUUGGCCUGAUAUAUGGAGUUUAAUUGGAGCUAUUACUAGUGCAGUAGUUGUGGCUCUUGUAAACAUUCAAAUUCCUCUGAUGCUUGGAGAUUUGGUGAAUGUCAUUUCAAAUUUUACCCAAGAAAAUGCUGGCAACUUUCUGGAACUGGUUAGAUCACCUGCCCAAAAACUGUGCUUAUUUUACAUCAUCCAGGGUUUAUCAACAAUGACCUACAUCUCUCUGUUAAGCAGUCUUGGUGAAAACAUUUCUUCUCGGUUGCGAAAGACAUUGUUCCAGUCUCUAAUUUCCCAGGACAUUGAGUUUUUUGAUAAAUACAAGACAGGAGAAUUAAUUGAUCGUUUAACAUCUGAUGUUCAGGAUUUCAAAAGUUCCUUUAAGGCAUGUGUUGCCCAAGGCUUGAAAUCAUUCACACAGACUGCUGGUUGUGUUGGAGCUCUCUUUUUACUAUCCCCCAAGCUUACAGGCUUACUUCUUGGAGUAGUUCCUACCCUCAUCUGUGCUGGUUCAUUCCUGGGCUCAUUCUUACGAAAACUGUCUCGUCAGGUUCAGGCACAGUUGUCUAAAUCCACAGCUGUUGCUGAUGAAGCCAUUGGAAACAUUAGAACAGUCAGGGCUUUCUCAAUGGAAAACAAAGAAAUUGAGUUGUAUGAAAAUGAGAUGAACAAAUCUCGUAAGAUGACCUCUAAGCUUGGCUUUGGUAUUGCAGUUUUUCAGGGACUCUCUAAUAUUGCUCUGAAUGGUGUUAUACUUGGGAUGUUAUUUGCUGGAGGAUACAUGAUGUCUUGUAAUCAACUCACUCCUGGUGACUUGAUGUCAUUCCUUGUAGCCACACAAACUAUUGAACGAUCAUUAGCACAUAUGUCACUGUUAUUUGGCCAGGCUGUGAGAGGAAUGAGUGCAGGAGCCAGGGUUUUUGAGUUCAUCAAUGCCCAUCCCAGAAUUCCCCUAAGUGGAGGAGAGAAACUACCACUUGAUGCCGUGAAGGGAGAAGUGUCUUUCAGUAAUGUCAACUUUGCAUAUCCAACUCGCAAAGAACAACAAAUUCUCUCAGACUUUUCUCUGAAGAUCCCUAAUGGUAAAAUGGUGGCUCUGGUUGGACCUUCUGGAGGAGGUAAAUCAACAGUGGUUUUACUUUUGGAGCGUUUCUAUGAUGUUGAUUCAGGAGAAAUAUUGGUUGAUGGACAUUGUGUGCAAUCUUUGGAUCCCUCAUGGUUGCGAAGAAAAGUAAUUGGUUUCAUUAACCAGGAACCUGUAUUAUUUGCCACAUCUGUCAUGGAAAAUAUACGUUAUGGCAAUCCAGAUGCUACAGAUACUGAGGUUAUAGAUGCAGCUAAACUUGCUAAUGCUGACAAUUUCAUUCAAGAUUUCCCCAAAGGAUAUAACACUAUCCUAGGUGAACGAGGUGUGACUGUUUCUGGUGGGCAAAAACAGAGAAUAGCCAUUGCCAGAGCACUGGUGAAAAAUCCAGCAAUUCUUGUCCUUGAUGAGGCCACAAGUGCCCUUGACACAGAAUCUGAGAAAAUUGUCCAAGAAGCUCUCGACAAAGUUUGUUAUGGACGGACUGUGAUUGUAAUCGCUCAUCGUCUGAGUACAAUUAAAAAUGCAGACAUUAUUGCUGUUAUUGCCAAAGGAAAAAUAGUUGAGCUGGGAAACCAUAAUAGUCUUCUUGAGAAGCGUGGAUUAUUCUACAAGCUUAUUCAACAGCAGAAUUUGAUGGAUAAUAUUUAUCGCUCUUCUGCAAAAGCUUAG